AUGCAUCAUGGUGCAUCUUUGUCUACACAUGAUCAGAAGCUGUCUGAACAGAGGCUCUGUUUUGCUUACUCUUAUCUAAGCCUUGCAUCUGGAAAGCGCGGGAGCGUGUGGUGCCCCAGCCGCUGCCUCUGCUUCCGCAGCACGGUGCGCUGCAUGCAUCUGAUGCUGGAGAGCGUCCCCGCCGUGUCCCCCCAGACAACCAUCCUAGACCUAAGAUUUAAUAGGAUUAAAGAAAUCCAGCCUGGAGAGUUUAGACGGCUUAAAAACCUGAACACACUGCUUCUAAACAAUAAUCAAAUCAAAAGAAUACCUAGUGGGGCAUUUGAAGACCUUGAAAAUCUGAAAUAUCUCUAUUUGUACAAGAAUGAAAUCCAGUCAAUUGACAGGCAAGCAUUUAAAGGACUUGCCUCUCUAGAACAACUGUAUCUGCACUUUAAUCAAAUAGAAACGUUGGAACCUGAAUCCUUUACCCAUCUUCCAAAACUUGAAAGGCUAUUUUUGCAUAACAACAGAAUAGCUCAUUUGAUUCCUGGAACAUUUAGUCACUUAGAAUCUAUGAAGAGACUGCGUUUGGAUUCAAACGCUCUUCACUGUGACUGUGAAAUCCUGUGGCUGGCGGAGCUGCUGAAGACAUAUGCAGAGUCGGGUAAUGCUCAAGCAGCAGCUACCUGUGAGUACCCACGAAGAAUCCAGGGAAGAUCAGUGGCCACGAUAACACCAGAAGAACUUAACUGUGAGAGGCCAAGAAUUACAUCAGAGCCUCAGGAUGUGGACGUUACCUCAGGGAAUACAGUGUACUUCACUUGCAGAGCUGAAGGCAAUCCUAAACCAGAAAUUAUCUGGCUUCGAAACAAUAAUGAGCUCAGUAUGAAAGAAGAUUCCCGUCUAAACUUGCUGGAUGAUGGCACAUUAAUGAUUCAGAAUACUCAAGAAACAGACCAAGGCAUUUACCAGUGCAUGGCAAAAAAUGUGGCUGGAGAAGUGAAAACUCAGGAAGUUACUCUUAGAUACUUUGAGUCACCAGCCCGGCCAAGUUUUGUGAUUCACCCACAAAAUACCGAAGUGCUAGUUGGAGAGAGUGUUACCUUGGAGUGCAGCGCAACCGGGCACCCUCAGCCACGAAUUACCUGGACCAAAGGUGACAGAACCCCUUUACCAAGUGACCCUCGCAUCACGAUAACUCCCUCAGGAGGACUUUACAUACAAAAUGUGAAGCAGGAGGACAGUGGCGAGUAUACCUGUUUUGCAACUAACAGCAUAGAUAAUAUCCACGCAACUGCAUACAUCAUAGUCCAAGCUCUACCUCAGUUUACUGUCACUCCUCAAGACAAAAUGGUGAUUGAGGGACAAACUGUUGACUUCCCUUGUGAAGCGCAGGGCUAUCCCCAGCCUGUUAUUGCCUGGACUAAAGGAGGAGGCCAGUUGUCUGUUGACAGAAGACACUUAGUUUUAUCCUCUGGAACCCUAAGGAUUUCCAGGGUUGCUUUGCAUGACCAGGGACAGUAUGAAUGCCAAGCUGUCAACAUUAUCGGAUCUCAACGAAUUGUUGUAUACCUGACCGUACAGCCUAGAGUGACUCCUGUGUUUGCCAGCGUUCCCAGUGACAUGACAGUGGAGGUUGGCGCAAAUGUGCAGAUCCCAUGCAGCGCUCAAGGAGAGCCGGAGCCAGUAAUUACAUGGAAUAAGGAUGGAGUACAGGUAACUGAAAGUGGAAAAUUUCAUGUUAGUCCAGAGGGAUUUCUUACCAUUCGUGAUGUUGGAACAGCUGAUGAAGGUCGAUAUGAAUGUGUUGCCCGGAAUACCAUAGGAUACUCCUCUGUUAGUAUGGUGCUUAGUGUUAACGUCCCUAAUGUCAGCCGAAAUGGAGAUCCUUUUGUACAAACAUCAAUUGUGGAAGCAAUUGCAACUGUUGACAGAGCAAUAAAUUCAACACGUACACAUCUGUUUGACAGUCGUCCUCGUUCUCCAAAUGAUUUGCUAGCCUUAUUUCGAUACCCAAGGGAUCCAUACACUGUUGAGCAAGCAAGAGCUGGGGAAAUAUUUGAAAGGACAUUACAGCUUAUUCAAGAUCAUGUACAAGAUGGUCUAAUGGUUGACCUGAAUGGAACAAGUUAUCACUAUAAUGACCUUGUAUCCCCACAGUACCUGAAUCUGAUAGCUAAUCUCUCAGGCUGUACAGCCCAUCGACGAGUGAACAACUGCUCAGAUAUGUGCUUCCACCAGAAGUACAGGACACACGAUGGAACGUGCAACAACCUUCAGCAUCCCAUGUGGGGUGCUUCUCUGACAGCCUUUGAACGUCUGUUGAAGUCAGUCUACGAAAAUGGAUUUAAUUUGCCUCGGGGAAUUGAACCCAAGAGGCUCUCUAACGGCUAUGCACUCCCAAUGCCUCGCUUGGUUUCGACCACUUUGAUCGGAACGGAAACAAUAACUCCCGAUGACCAGUAUACUCACAUGCUCAUGCAGUGGGGGCAGUUUCUCGACCACGACCUUGACCUCACUGUGGCUGCCCUAAGUGAGGCCAGGUUUUCAGAUGGUCAGCAUUGCAGUUCAGUUUGUACAAAUGAUCCUCCAUGCUUUUCGAUCAUGAUACCACCAAAUGAUCCCAGAGUUCGAAACGGUGCACGCUGCAUGUUUUUCGUACGCUCCAGUCCGGUUUGUGGAAGCGGCAUGACAUCCCUCCUGAUGAAUUCUGUGUACCCACGAGAACAGAUCAACCAGCUGACUUCAUACAUCGAUGCGUCCAAUGUGUAUGGCAGUUCGGACCAUGAAGCACUAGAAAUCAGAGACUUGGCAAGUCAGAGGGGUCUUCUGAGGCAGGGCAUCGUACAGAGAUCUGGCAAGCCCCUCCUUCCAUUUGCUACUGGCCCACCAACAGAAUGUAUGAGAGAUGAAAAUGAGAGCCCAAUUCCCUGCUUUUUAGCUGGUGAUCAGCGUUCUAAUGAGCAGCUGGGUCUUACCAGCAUCCACACGUUGUGGUUUAGAGAACACAACAGAAUUGCCACAGAGCUACUGAAACUCAAUCCACACUGGGAUGGUGACACAAUAUAUCACGAAACACGCAAAAUUGUUGGUGCAGAAAUGCAACACAUAACAUUUAGCCACUGGCUACCUAAGAUCUUUGGAGAGGUAGGCAUGAAGAUGCUUGGCGAAUAUAAGGGUUAUGAUCCCAGUGUUAAUUCUGGCAUAACUAAUGAGUUUGCAACUGCCGCUUUUAGGUUUGGUCACACACUCAUUAAUCCUUUUCUGUAUCGACUGGAUGAAAACUUUGAACCUAUUCCACAAGGCCAUCUACCGCUUCAUAAGGCAUUCUUCUCUCCAUUUCGGAUUGUAAAUGAAGGAGGCAUUGAUCCACUUCUAAGGGGAUUGUUUGGUGUUGCUGGUAAGAUGCGUGUCCCAUCACAAUUACUCAAUACAGAAUUAACAGAAAGACUCUUCUCCAUGGCACGUACUGUGGCUUUAGAUCUGGCAGCUAUGAAUAUUCAGAGAGGCAGAGAUCAUGGAAUUCCUCCCUACCAUGAUUUUAGAGUUUACUGUAAUCUUUCUUCAGCUCAGACUUUUGAAGAUCUGAAAAAUGAAAUUAAGAAUCCUGAAAUCAGGGAGAAACUUAGCAGGUUGUACGGUUCCCCACUGAACAUAGACCUAUUUCCUGCUCUAAUGGUAGAAGACUUAGUUCCAGGGAGCCGACUGGGGCCAACUUUGCUGUGUCUGUUAAGCACACAGUUUAGGCGUAUUCGGGAUGGAGACAGGUUAUGGUAUGAGAACCCGGGUGUGUUCACGCCUGCUCAGCUCACUCAGAUCAAGCAGACAUCUCUUGCCAGAGUUUUGUGUGACAAUGGCGACAACAUAACCAGGGUACAACAUGAUGUGUUUAAGGUGGCUGAAUUCCCACAUGGAUAUAGUAGCUGCGAAGAUAUUCCUAAACUGGACCUCAGGAUGUGGCAAGAUUGCUGUGAAGACUGUAGAACUAGAGGACAGUUUAAUGCAUUUUCAUAUCACUUUCGGGGAAGACGUUCUCUUGAUUACAGCUUUCAGGAGGACAAGCCCUUGAAGAAAAUGAAAAUGUCCAAAACAGUAAGUUCUGUGAAACAGAGUAAAUAUUUUCGUAAUGCCACAUCAGCAUCUAAUGAAAAUACAAACAUGCCCGCAGUGAAUGACUUCAAAGAAUUCGUUUUGGAAAUGCAAAAAACUAUUUCAGGCCUCAGAAACCAGAUUAAAAAACUUGAAUCGCGCCUCAGUAAAACUGAUUGCACUGAUGAAAAGGGUAAAUCGUAUUCCAGCAAUGAAACCUGGAAAAGGGACCCUUGUACUGUGUGUGAAUGCAAAGUUGGUCAGAUUACCUGUUUUGUAGAAUCAUGCCCGCCGGCUGACUGCGAAGCACCUGUGAAGGUUAAAGGAGAUUGUUGUCCAGUCUGCCUAAAACAAAAUAUCAAUAAAAAGAAGCCAUAAGUCUGCUUUUUAAGAAUUUAGGGUGCAUACUCCUCAAAUCAUAUUGAUGCCUGCUGAUGGCAAAACCAGGUAACUACAGUCUUAACAGCAAGAAAUGAAGAUUUACAAUAUUCUAAUGGUGCUGUAACAGUAUAACAUAAUGUAUCAUUUUAUUUUCUGCCCAUGAUGGUAAUCACAAUGCAAAAAUGAAUGAAAGGGAAAUUAGCAAACAGGUCAAAGUUAAUUGUGUGUUAAACUUCUCAGGUUAGACAAACUCAAACUGGUGCUACUUUAAGAGAACACUGUCAGGUAGUUUUAGGUACCCAAAAUGACUGGGCCUAAGACUUACUCUAAAAUGAACACUUUGUUUCCUAUCUUUAAUUAGCAAUAUUAAAAGUUUACUAUCCCUUUUCAGUACCAGUCUGACUUGAUAUUUAGCUCUUUGUUAUUAUUUAGUAAAUGCAGGGAAAAGGAAAACACAAGGUCACU